AUGGAUGAGACAAUCAGAGAGCUUCACAGCGACCUUGGGCGGAAAUAUCAGCGUCAUGGCCCCAAGAUUGAGCAGAUGUGGCGAUCGCUCAGCCAAGAACAACGAAUACAGAUUCUGAGAAGUGGCGCCCAUGAGGGUGCAGUCCUAAAGCAUGCCGAAGAUACAAGUCUCGAGAAUGUCUACAAAUUCAUACCAGAAUGGAAUAUCCGCGACAUUGCGUCACCCUCGUCAGACUUCUUGCUCGACAUGCUUAAAUUUCGGGCAACGGUACCACUACAGACCCAAUACACGAGUGGAUUCAAUGGCCGUCCUGGAGAUCAUGCGCACAUAAUCGACAUGAUGCAUAAGAAAAAUCUGAAAUUGAAGAACGCUUCUGAGCUCAAGAACUGCUACACGCUAUUCAUAACCGAGGACGGAUACGGUCAGUCGGUCAAGAUUGCUGCCAGCAAACGGGAUGAGGUUCUGGCGACCAUGAAGAAAGCCAUGGAUGCCCAGCUUAUCGUCCCACAAGCUACUGGCGACCUCAUCCUGAUGCGUCAAAUCAAUCUGCUACAGCUUCUCAACAUCGUCAUCGAGGACAUCCUCGAUACUGCCUCUACCACGCGAACGCAAACGAAGCGCCCAAAGAACUCUUCCAAUGGUGCGACUGCAGCGCUGUCGAAGUUGUCGAUCCAUUCUCCGCCUACAACGCUGGAGCUUCCAGAACUUGUCGAAAUUGCGCGAGACAAAAGCUCUUCUCUGGAAGACAUCAUCAAUCUGAUAUCCACGGAGCCCACCGUCCUUGCUCACGAAGUAAACUUCUGUUUCUUUACUCGGCCAGAACUCAUAGCAGAUGAUAAGGGCCGGACCAUGCCCGUUCACACUGACAAGUAUAUCAGCGGUGCUGUGUUCGACGUGGUCCACAACUCAAUGAAGACUGUUGCGAUGUGGAACUACAUAAUCCAACUUCUAGCUUUGCUGAAAGACACAUCGGACAAGCAGUUCCGAGCAACUGUCGCGAAAGAGCUGGCAAAUACCUGCCACCUCGAGUAUCAGCGGGCUCAGACAUGCUUCAAGCGAAGCGUAGCUGUCGGAAUGGGUGGUACUAAAUGGUUCAAGAGAAUGUCAACUGCGCGAAAAGAUGAUGUUGCGCGCAUCACGCUCAAACGCAGUCCGGAAUCUCUGACCAUAGAGAACCCACAGUUGCAUUACAUGCUCAGACUCUGUCAAGAUGAAACAAACUGGUCCGGAGCGGUUCGCUGGUUUCAACAGCUCGAAGACCUUCAUCGAGCUCAUCCUCUAGAGCAAGAUAAGCUGUCUGAGCGAGAACACGACACGCUUGGAGAUCUGGCGGUCAUUGUGACUUUCAUCCAGUCGCUUUCACAGUUGGUGCAACUGCCCGUUGCCAAUCUCAAGAAGAGCCAGCCAUUCGUGACUGGGUAUGUAGCGCUAGACAACGAGCUCCGAUCGCUCAAGGAUGGAUUGGAUUUGGGCGACUUUGCUAUCCCAAUCGACAAUUUGUUAGAGCCGGGUAUGGCUGACGGCGCUCUUGCAGCACUGGAUCAGUACAUUGAAGAAAAGACGGGGACGAAGAUUGGUUACUUGUACCAAGAUCUAGUAGAGGAUUGCAUUACGAAACUCCGAGAGCAGCACGAUGAACAAAAGGCGAAGUCAAGUGAGAAGAAGGUGGAAUACAUCACCCCGACGGCUCCUGAACCCCCAGAAUCGCAGAUUCAACAGCGCAAGCAGAAAGAAAAGACACGGCCAGCUCAGCCAUCCAUAUACAGUAUCACACCCCCACCUCCCGAUGCCGCCCCAGAGACCGAUCUGCCACCGCAAACCAAGCAGACUUUCAACGUCACAUCUUCCACCGCCACCGUUUUCUCGUCGCUUUUCUCUCGGUCAUCCACGUCCCGCGGGACGCUGCCAUGGUAG